AUGACUGUGGAGUUGAAUGUUUUUAAUGCUAGCCAACAACAUUUAGAUUUUGAUGAAGAUGAUGAUGUGCAUGAAAUCAACAUGAUUGAAAAUUUGAUUCAGGAUUCGUUGUCUAGUAACAUAUUUGUUGAUCCUAUACAUGCUUGUUUGAACAAUUUUAACUUGGAUCUGUUUGAUGAUGAAUACAUAAGUGAAGUGAAUUCUUUGAUUGAAUCUGCACCUUUCAUGUGCACCACUAAAUGGAAAGCUAGAGCAGAAACACUACCACUCUCUGAAUCCAAGUCUGUUCCAUCUCUUGUUGAGACACCAAAGCUUGAACUGAAACCAUUGCCUGAUACUCUUAAAUAUGCAUUUUUAGAAUCUUCUAAUACUUUGCCUGUAAUCAUCUCAUCUUUCUUAGAUAUAGAACAGGAAAGUAAGCUAUUAGAAGUACUUAAGGAGCAUAAAGAAGCACUAGGAUGGAAAAUCUUAGAUAUUAAGGGUAUUAGUCCCACAGUUUGUAUGCAUCACAUAAAUAUUGAAGAUAAUUCUAAAACAUCUAGGGAGAUGCAGAGGCGACUUAAUCCUAACAUGAAAGAAGUUGUUAGGGGUAAGAUCCUUAAGCUUCUUGAUGCGAGUAUCAUAUACCCGAUUUCAGAUAGCAAAUGGGUUAGUCCUAUUCAGGUUGUGCCGAAAAAGUCAGGAGUUACUGUAGUUCAAAACGAUAAAGAUGAGUUAGUUCCUACUCGAGUAACCACAGGGUGGCGAGUUUGUAUUGAUUAUAGGAAGUUGAAUGCAGUUACAAGGAAAGAUCACUUCCCUCUCUCUUUCACAGAUCAAAUGUUGGAAAAUUUAUCUGGACAUAGUCAUUACUGUUUCUUAGACGACUAUUCUAGUUACAACCAGAUUCACAGAGCACCUGAAGACCAGGAAAAGACUAUGUUCCUUAUGGAACAUUUUCUUAUCGCCGCAUGCCAUUUGGGCAUAGUUCUAGGACAUAUCAUCUCUGGAAAAGGAAUUGAAGUAGAUAAAGCUAAAGUUUACCUCAUUCAACAUUUGCCACAACCUCUCUCUGUGAGGGAGGUUAGAUCAUUUUUAGGCCAUGCUUGUUUCGACCGUAGACUCAUUAAAGAUUUCAGUAAGAUCCCAAGGCCACUGUGUAAUCUACUUGGUAAAGAUGUUGCUUUUGUAUUUGAUGAUGCUUGUAAAUUGCGUUCUAGAUGGACAGGCCCGUUCAUGGUGCGAACAAUAUUCCCUCAUGGAUCUGUAGAACUCGAAUACGUAGCAACUAAGAACGUCUUCAAGGUCAGUGGGAAGAGAACGAAGCCGUUCCUUGAACCAAUUCCACCUGAAAUUGAAACAACUGAUCUUGCAGAUCCCAUCUAUGUGGACUGA